CGGCGUGACAUGACAAAAUCCUUAAAACGUGAACUCGAAGUCUGCUCCUUAAUUUAUCAGAAGAACAAAGAAGGAUAGUGAAUUCAACUCACCUCAACUCACCUCAACUCAGUUCAACUCGGUGGUAGUAGCAUGGCGAAACUGGAAGCGAAGCUUGGGAUGAUCGUGGACUCGGUGGGUCAAUUCUUCUCCGGCAAAGACCAAUUACCUUGGUGCGACUCUGACAUCAUCGCUGGAUGUGAAAGAGAGGUUGCUGAGGCUGGGAAGCAAUCCUCUGAUGAGUUGCUGAAAGAGUGUCUCUUGCGUUUAUCAUGGGCUCUUGUUCACUCUAAACGACCUCAAGAUGUGCAACGUGGGAUUGCCAUGCUUGAAGGAUCUUUACCUGGUACAGAUGACCCGGUUCAGCAAAGGGAGAAGCUAUAUCUUUUAGCUAUUGGUCAUUAUAGAAGCGGGGAUUAUUCAAGGAGUAGGGAUCUCGUGGAGAGGUGCCUAAUGAUUGCACCCGACUGGAGGCAGGCAGUGACACUUAAGAAGACAAUUGAGGAUAAGAUCACAAAAGAUGGUGUCAUCGGCCUUGGAAUUGCUGCGACUGCUGCAGGACUGAUAGCAGGUGGGAUUGCGGCUGCCGUGUCUCGAAGAAGGUGACAGAAUCCUUUCUGUUAAAAAAAAACCUUUAUGAUAGCAGCUAAUAUGUAAGAGGCUCACAUAUGAUACUGGGAUUUUGCUGUAUCUUACUGCUUGUAUUUGAAGGAGGGUGUGAACUGUGAACAGUAAUAUAUAGAAGUUAUUUCUAUAUUUUUCUUGUAUAAUCUACUAUGUUUUUGUCUGUCAAUUUUCCCCCAUAUUUCAUAUAAAGCAAUAUUGAAAACCAAUUACCUACA